UCUUCAGGUCUUGUAAUCCUUGCAAUCCUAAAGGGAGUGGCAGACAUGUGCAUUCCAAAAACAGAAGAAGCUGAUCAUGGUAGACAACAGGAUGAUGAUGAGGCGAUAGGAAGGUUUUUGAAUCGUAUUGCAGUUUAUGAGGCAAGAAAUCAUGAGCCAAUAACACACAUGCCGAACCAGAAACAAACUGUCGAGGUGUUUAUAGACCAAAUGCUGAAAGAGAAGCCUAUUCGAUUUUCUUCACAGGAGCUUGCAAUCUUUACUCGUAAUUACUCCACCAAACUCGGUUCAGGGGGGUUCGGAGAAGUCUACGAAGGAGAGUUUCCCCACGGAGCGAAGCUCGCGGUUAAGGUUCUUAAGAGCAGCAAUGUAGACAAAAGAGUAGAAGAGCAAUUCAUGGCUGAAGUUGGCACAAUCGGAAGAACUUACCAUACGAAUCUAGUCAGGCUCUACGGAUUCUGCUUCGACCCUAAAACCAAGGCAUUGGUUUAUGAAUACAUGGAGAAUGGGUCACUUGACAAGGUCUUAUUUGGGAAGAAACGUGAAUUGGAGUGGGAAAAACUGUGGGAGAUAGCAGUAGGAGUCGCCAAGGGUCUUGAAUAUUUGCAUCAUCACAGCCCCAAGAGGAUAAUUCACUAUGAUAUAAAACCUGGUAAUGUUUUACUUGAUUCUCAAUUUUGUCCUAAACUUGCAGAUUUUGGACUUGCCAAGUUGUGCAACAAAGAGAGCACACAUGUUACUCUUUCGGGUGGUAGGGGGACUCCUGGUUACACAGCUCCGGAGCUUUGGAUGCCAUUUCCAGUAACUUACAAGUGCGAUGUCUAUAGUUUCGGGAUGAUGUUAUUUGAAAUUGUGGGAAGGAGAAGGAAUCUCGACAUAAAUUUAAGCGACAGUCAAGAAUGGUUUCCGAGGCAAUUGUGGGAUAGGUACGACAAGGGAGAGCUUGAGAUGGUACUAGCAGAUGGAGGGAUUGAGGAGAAAGACAUGGUUAAAGGAAAGAUAAUGACAAUGUUGGCAUUAUGGUGUGUUCAGUACUUGCCUCAGGCUAGGCCUUCAAUGAGUGAUGUGGUAAAGAUUCUGGAGGGAGAAGCUCAAGUUACAAUUCCUCCAAAUCCAUUUCAGCAUUUGAUUGACGCCGGAGGCCAGAAAAUAGCUUCAUUCAUAGAGAGCCACUCAACCUCGAGAACAGAUGAUCCAACAGUUGAUGAAAAGAGAGAGUAUACAACAAUCAUGAAGAAGUACGAAAUCGAAUAUGCUGCGAGUACUUGUUAACAAGGGGAGUACUAAGUCAAAGAUAUUGACUUGAAAUAUGUUACUUCAUAAUGUUCAGCUAUGCCUACUUGUUUCAGAAUUUUAUAUCAAGUAUUUAAUCUUUAAGGUUGUUAAUAGUACUAUUUGAGUUGGUUGAGUAAAUAUUUAAAUUAAAAAAAUUUCAACUAUAACUUCUUGUCUGA